GUUUGAUUAUAUUUAGUGUUUUUUAUGUGAUGCUUUGUAGAUAGUUCAUUUUCGGUCUCUCGAGAAACCAAAAGAGGAUGAUUUUUGCCUAGAGUUGUCAAAGCUACAUACUUAUGAUGAUGUUGUGGAAAGAGUAGCUCGCCAAAUUGGUUUAGAUGAUCCAUCCAAGAUCAGGUUAACAUCUCACAACUGCUACUCCCAGCAGCCUAAGCCCCAACCAAUUAAAUAUCGAGGAGUGGAGCAUCUGUCAGAUAUGUUAGUUCACUAUAACCAGACAUCUGAUAUUUUAUACUAUGAAGUUCUGGAUAUCCCUCUUCCAGAAUUGCAAGGUUUGAAAAAUCUGAAAGUUGCUUUCCAUCAUGCUACUAAAGAUGAGGUGGUAAUUCAUAAUAUUAGAUUACCUAAACAGAGCACUGUGGGGGAUGUGAUUAAUGAACUUAGAACAAAGGUAGAGUUGUCUCACCCAAAUGCAGAACUUCGUCUUCUUGAAGUUUUCUAUCACAAGAUUUACAAGAUCUUUCCUCAUAAUGAAAAAAUUGAAAAUAUAAAUGACCAGUACUGGACACUGCGUGCUGAGGAGAUUCCUGAGGAAGAGAAAAGUCUUGGACCCCAUGAUCGUUUGAUUCAUGUUUAUCACUUUACAAAGGAGACGGCUCAGAAUCAAAUGCAAGUACAGAAUUUUGGGGAGCCAUUUUUCUUGGUCAUCCAUGAAGGUGAAACUUUAGCUGAAGUUAAAUCUCGCAUACAAAAGAAAUUGCAGGUUCCUGAUGAGGAAUUUGCUAAGUGGAAAUUUGCAUUUCUGUCACUAGGUCGUCCAGAAUAUCUGCAGGAUUCUGACAUAGUGUUUACCCGUUUUCAGAGAAGAGAUGUUUAUGGUGCUUGGGAGCAGUACCUUGGGUUAGAGCAUUCUGACAACACACCAAAGAGGUCUUAUGCAGUAAACCAGAAUCGUCAUACAUUUGAGAAGCCAGUUAAAAUAUACAAUUAGACGAGCUGAUGAUCCUGCACCUGCACUUUUAAGUAGAAUCAACAUCCUUAAUGCUAUAUAAUGUUUUAUGGAGAUGCGGAGGAUUGAGUGGUACAUUUGAAGGAAGGAAAUGAAUGAAUUGCAAAGAACAAAUGAAAAAGGCGAAAAAUGUAGGGGGUAGGCAAUUGGUUUUGUAGGAUACAUGCUUCCCUUUUUAUGCGGGUGAGGAAGGGGAGGGGUUCUCCUUUAUGUAGUGUGGUUUUUAUGUGGAUACAACCUUUUCUUGAGCUCCUCCUCCUAAUGAGGGUACCUCCUUGCUUUUAGAGAUUGGUGGGUUUACCAAUUAACAGCUACCAGUGUAAUUUAGCCAAGUACAUAACAGGAUUUUGACUAGGGGAUGUAUACCGGGUAUAGUUGGUUGCGCUUGACAUUUCAAUUCUUUUCUCUUCUUAUUUGUCAUUAUCUCCAGUGAAGGGAUGGCGUUGUAAAAUGGUUGGGUUGAAUUUACAGUUGUGGGCUCAGGAUUUCCUGUAAAAGAAUUGCAUUACUAUGCUGUCCACAGGUUUUUAUGGCGCCUCCUUUUUCUACUGUUUAUGUAGUGCAUCUCAUUUGUUCUUCAA